UAAAUAAAUAUAACAAUUCACAGAACUAGUUAUAGAAGGUGGUUUUCGACAAAGGUGUUCCCAGGCAAAGUUGCAUCGACUGUCGCGGAACACGCUUGCGGGGAACCAGCGGCAACGCCACCAUGUCGUGCAAGGCGGACGCCAAAUAUAACUUCGGACGCGCAUCCGAGCACGAUGAAAUUGUGUAUGGAGCUGCGCGCCCCGGCGCGGCCUCGCAGCGGUGCUUUAACCCCGAUGACAAGGUGACGGUGCCCGAGGUGGAGGAGUGGGCUGCCUUCAUGUCAGGACACGGCAUCGCGCGGGUCAUUUCGCUGCUGAGCGAGAGCGAGGUGGGCACCUACGUCCAGCCGCCCACAGACACACUCGCCACCCUGUUUAAGCGGGCGGUGCUGGUGGACGCAAAGGCGCCCGGCGCGGUGGACACGCUGGUAUCGGAGCUGAAAGGAGCUGUGGACACCGGCGAGAAGGUGGUGGUGCACUGCUGGGGAGGCGGCGGCCGCACGGGCGUGGCUCUGGCGGCCUGGCUGGUGCGCCACCACGGCCUGACGCCCGCGGCCGCGGCGGAGCAGGUCGAAUCGUACGCCAAGGCGCAGGGCGCGUCGCGGCGGGCGGAUGUGUCUCAGCUUCAGGGAUUCCUGGGGGCUAGCGCUUAAAGGAGUAGAGGGAGUAGAGGGCUUAGCGAGUUAGCGGGCGCGGAGGGGCACUGGCUUGUGUUGUUGGUUUUGUGUUGCGAUGUUGGUGUUGUGCCGGUUUGGGUGCGGUGGUGGGGUGCCAGUUGCCCAGCAGGCAAGUGUGGCAGACAAAUGAUGUAGACUUGUUGUGUGCUCGCGAGUCGUGAAGGACUUGAAUUUAACGGAUCUCUAUGUUUAAGUUUGUUGUUUGUACUUAGAUGCUCCAGGACGGAAGCAUGUGUUCUUGGCUGCAGUCCUCCAGCCCAGAGGGAUGGGCACCCUUGGGCACCCCCUCCACGGUCGUGCAGGACUGCAGGUGCCCCAAGGGAACCCACGCCCGGGCCCCUCCCAGGCUCCCAGCUCCACUGAUGAGUUAUGACUUCAAACCUUUGCUGCU